AUGGCGCUGCUCUUGGACUCGUGGAUCGCCGAGUUGGUCGUCGUCUUGUCAGCGGCUGUACUCGCCCUCUACCUGUGGUUCUCCAGUAGCUACAGGCACUGGAAGAACAAGGGGGUGCCGUACGCAGAACCUACAGUUCCGUUUGGAAACUUCUGGAGAAACUUUUUCGGCCACGAAUGUAUUGCUCGGACCAUGCAGAACAUAUACAAUCAGCUGCCAAGCGAUCCAGGACUGCGGGCAAGAGAUGGUGGACGUGAUGGGGGGGAGAUGGUGGACCGCGGUGAGUCGGUGGAGGUGCGCGAGCUGAUAGCACGGUUCACCACUGCCGUCAUCUCCUCCGUCGCCUUCGGUCAGGAGUGCAACUGCCAGCGGAACUCAGACCACGAGUUCCGGCAGUGGGGACGCACGAUCUUUGAGCCCACUUGGCAAGCAGCCAUCUCUUUCGUUCUGAACUUCGUCAGCCCAACAUUAAUGGAGUAUCUAAGAAUCAAGGGAGGAGGAUCGAAUGUCAGCAAAUAUUUCCAGCAGAUGGUUGCAGACACUGUCGCUUACAGAGAGAAGAACAACCUUAGAAGGAAAGACUUCAUGGACCUUCUCAUUCAGCUCAAAAACAAGGGUUACGUCGACCCUGAUAAAGGAGAGACAGUGGAGAAUGGACAGCAGAAAGGAGUAGGCACCACCGACAAGUUGUCGAUGGAACACAUGGCAGCGCAGGCGUUCGUCUUCUUCGCUGCAGGCUUCGAGACUUCAACAGCGACGAGCUUCACGCUUCACGAAUUGGCGCUCAACCCUGACAUACAGAGCAAGCUGCACGAUGAAAUUGACGCCGUGCUCGAGGAAAACGGCGGUGAAAUUUCCUACGACGCCAUCGGCAAAAUGACUUACCUUGACAAGGUUGUAUCUGAGUCUCUCAGGAAACACCCCCCAGCAGCAGUACUGAACAGAGAGUGCAAGCAAGACUACAAGAUUCCAGACAGCGACGUCGUUCUGGAGAAGGGAACUCCAGUAGUGCUGUCUGUGCUGGGCCUCCACCACGAUCCCACGCAUUUCCCUGACCCCGACCGCUUCGACCCUGAGAGGUUCUCCGAAGAGGCCAAAGCUAAGCGCCACCCCUAUGUGUACCUGCCUUUCGGGGAGGGACCACGCAUUUGCAUAGGUAUGCGGAUGGGCCUGUUGCAAACCAAAGUGGGCCUCACGAACAUCCUCUCUAAGUAUAGCGUGCGAACCACGCAGAAGACAGUAGCAAACCAUCCACGGUCUCCAGUCCUCAUGGCUAAAAGUGGAAUCCAUCUUCAGUUUGUAAGGCGUUUCUAG